AUCCACUCCACCUAUCUAAAUUGUCCUUCUCUGUUAACUAGACAAACACACCACAACUAUAAGCUUCUCCUUCAUCUUCUUGUUGUGAACGAAACCCUAACCCCCUAACAAAAUCCAACAAACACAACACUCCAUUGCCUGAUAUCUCCCUCUUAUUUUUAAAGUUUGGCGCACACACACGAGAGCCGGUUACCGGCGACACCCCCCCUCUCUGCGAUGUAUGAAACGGACCACCACCACCAUCGUGGUGGUGGUGGUGAGCGACGGUUGGCCAGGAAAGAAAUGAGAGAGAGGAGACGGAGAGGAACGGCGAAGCAAGAGCGGCGCCGCCGCUCACGGCGGCGACAGUGAAGAUCGGCGGUCGGAGUCUCGGUCCAGCUGGGUUCCGGUGAACCACCACACCACAAUCACACCUCUCCACCUUCAUCUCCACCCACUCGAAACACCUACACCCCUCCGACUCCCUUCUGCUCCGACGACAACUCAGACACCCCCUAUGUUUUCCGAUUUAACGGCUGCCACCACCAGAUGGUGGUGGCGUAUGGCGGCGGUUUCAGAGCGAGAGCAGGAAGCGAAGAGAGAGAGAGAGCAUGAAGAGAGGAGAACGAGAGAGGAGAGAGAAAGAUGGGGAGCCGAACGAUUACCGUUGAAACAUACCGACGGAGACGCCGCCGUGAGUAACAGUGGAGGCGUUACUUCUGACGAGUCUACCGUAGUCGAUGAUGAUGAUGUUCAGUUAGAAAUGUUCAACUUCAGAUGGACUCGGUUCAGGUUUCAAGGUCGAGGUUUGGUAAAGCAUGUGUUCACUCGGUCCAGAUUCAGCUGUGGUAGUGGGGAUUAUUUAGGUUCGGUUCACACGGGUUCGGUCAAGACAAGUCAAACUGGUCAAUGGUUCGGUUCGGGUCAAGCGGGUUGGUUGGUCUCAGCUUUGGUUCCGGUUGACUCGGUCAAACCGAGUCGACUCAGUCAAACUCAGGUCAACAGCGGGUCAACUCAGUCGACGCAAGACCCGGAAUACUAUAGAUGCACGCUAGCUAAUUACCGUUCUUGGAACGAUACUUCGGAAUCACACUAAGCUAGCAUUGCACAGGAACGUCAAGGUUGCAUUUUCAAAACUAUGGAAUGGUUCGAAUAGGAGAACCCAUGGGAAUUCGAGUACUUAGCGACGUUCUUUUUCUAGAAGUCUUAGCUUAUUUGCUUCCGCUGUGCAAUGAAGAUACCGGUCCAGUCACGUCAAGCUCUGAUAUUUCGGGGUGUGACAUUUACAUCAGGAAAAGAGAAGCUAGCAAAAAUUAAAGAACCUUCAAAAACUCCCUUACAGACAGAAGGCUCGAAGGAAGCUUACCUUCUCCAUCAAGUAGCAAGACAUGAACAUUCUCACUAUCUAGAGGUCAUUUAUCACUCAUCCCGGCAGCAAAUAGCACUUGCUCACCAAAAACCCGAUUCGGUAGUGCCAUUAGAUUCUCAUACCACGCCACGCCGCGCGAAACUUUCACGUCCUUCUUAGCAAUCAGACCCAUCCCCCUGAACUGCAUCGCCAUAGGAAUAACCUCCACGUGGAUAAAAAAGAAUUUCAUCUUCCAAUCAUGGAAGCUUUUAGGAGGACUAAUCAAAAUUUUCUUCACACUGCGCAAAGCGAAGGAGAAAAAUCCCAUGUUAUUCUGAAGUUGAUAGAAAACUCUAAAUUUAUCAAUAGUCGGCUCCCUCCCUGAGACCGACAAACGAACUCAAAGUGCCUCACACGCAUCAUGCACAUUGGGCUCAUCUAAGAUAUAUGAAAUCCAUAAUACUGAAGUAUAUUACCCAGGAAAUGGGUAGUCGGAAGUCGGAAAUUCCCCUCGUAGAAGACGUCGGCAAACAACGUGAUAUACCCAGGCGGUGCAGUUGCAACCGUCUGUCCUUUGGAAGGAUAUCUUGCAUCCCAUUUAGGAGCAAGUUGAUAACCUCUAACAACCUACUCAAACAGGCCCUCGUCCCACUUCAAUAGUGGUAAACCACCACGAGCUUCUUCUACUGUGAUAAUAUCUUCACCAGCAGACAUCUCGAAGGUUCAAAGAUAUGAUUCAAGAACUUGAAGAUUUGCAGAAAAAAGAUGAAUAUUUGAAUAUUGGGUUAUAUCAUUUCACACAAGCGUAAAAAGGUUG